CCAGCUUCAGUCUGCAGCACCAAACUUCUCCUCUCUGCUGCAUCUCAGGUCGUUUUCAAGCAUCAAGGGUGGAGAUAUAAAGGGGAAAAUCCCUCCUCCCCCAUCAUCCCUCAGGAGAGAGCGGUGCAGCCCGGUGCAGCGAAGGACAGGAAGGUGGACGGUGUCACGUUAUUCGGCAUCGCGUACUCCGAAGUUUUCCCCCGGAGGUUGUUUGGAAAUCUGAGCGGAGGACGGACGAUAUAACGGUCCGCAAGUCAUGUCGCCUUUCCUGCGGAUCGGGUUCUCCAACUUCGAGAUGGACCCGGGCCUGGCCUACCACGAGGAGGUGCUGAACCCGUACUGUGCCGUUUACAUGAAGGAGGCCGUCGAGACAGAGAAGGGUCAAGUGCACAAGCAGAAGAAGCCCACCAUGUACCCCCCGUGGAGCACCACGUUCGACGCGCACGUGCACCGCGGCCGCAUCAUGCACGUGAUGGUGAAAGACCGCACGGCGGACCUCAAGUCGGAGGCCACGGUGGCGCUCGACUCGCUGGCGUCGCGCUGCAUCAAGGAGAACGGCAAGCUGGAGAUAUGGUUGGAGCUGAAGCCCCAGGGACGCCUGCUGAUGGAGGCCAGAUACUAUCUGGAGCGGAGCGACGCUGUGGGUCAGAUCGGCGGAGACCGCGAGUCCGAGAGGGAGCGAGACGGUCUGUUCACCCUCGUCCACCGACGGGGCGCCAUCAAGCAGGCCAAAGUUCACGUGGUGAAGUGCCACGAGUUCAGCGCCACGUUCUUCCCUCAGCCGACCUUUUGCUCCGUCUGCAAAGAGUUUGUCUGGGGGCUCAACAAGCAGGGCUACCAGUGCAGACAGUGCAAUGCAGCAAUCCACAAAAAAUGCAAAGACAAAGUGAUCGCCAAAUGUACCGGGUCUGCCAUCAACAGCAAGGAAACCAUGAUCCACAAGGAGCGCUUUAAGAUCGACAUGCCGCACAGGUUCAAAGUCUACAACUACAAAAGCCCCACGUUCUGCGAACACUGCGGCACGCUGCUGUGGGGGCUCGCCCGGCAGGGGCUCAAAUGUGAGGAAUGCAACAUGAAUGUCCACCACAAAUGCCAGAAUAAAGUAGCCAACCUCUGCGGAGUCAACCAGAAGCUGAUGGCCGAAGCUCUGGCCAUCAUCGAAAGCAAGCAACAGACGAAGAGCGUCCGAGACAGCGACAUCGUCAGCCGGGAAGGCCCAGUAGACGUGAGCCAGCCGGGAAUGGUCCGGGCGCCAUCGGGGUUAGUCAUGGCUUUACCGCCCGUCGGUGUGCCUGCAAGCAAAGACCUGCAGGGCGUUUCGUGGGAGGGACCGGGAGACGUUGGCCAGUCGGUCCCGGAGAGGCUUCCCGAGGAGCCGCUGUACGCCAUUCCCCGGAAGGAGCACCAGCCCAAGUUCAACAUCGAGGACUUCGUCCUGCACAAGAUGCUCGGGAAAGGCAGCUUCGGCAAGGUGUUUUUAGCAGAACUGAAGAAGAGCGGAGAGUUUUUUGCGGUCAAGGCGCUGAAGAAAGACGUGGUGCUGAUGGACGACGACGUGGAGUGCACCAUGGUGGAGCGGAGGGUUCUGUCUUUAGCCUGGGAGAAUCCCUUCCUCACCCACCUUUACUGCACCUUCCAGACCAAAGAAAAUCUCUUCUUUGUGAUGGAGUAUCUGAAUGGAGGCGAUCUCAUGUUCCACAUCCAGAACUGCCACAAGUUUGACGUACACAGGGCCACCUUUUAUGCAGCUGAGAUCAUCUGCGGGCUUCAGUUCCUGCACUCGAAAGGAGUCAUCUACAGAGAUCUGAAGCUGGACAACGUUCUGCUGGACUCUGAUGGUCAUAUAAAGAUCGCAGACUUUGGCAUGUGUAAGGAGAACAUGCAGGAUGAAUCUCGGACUUCCACCUUCUGCGGAACCCCUGAUUAUAUCGCACCCGAGAUCCUGCUGGGUCAGAAGUACAACAGCUCGGUGGACUGGUGGUCGUUCGGCGUGCUGCUCUACGAGAUGCUGAUCGGUCAGUCGCCGUUCCACGGCCGCGAUGAAGAGGAGCUAUUUCAGUCCAUACGAACGGACAACCCCGCUUAUCCCAACUGGCUCAGCAAACCUGCCAAGGACAUACUCGUCAAGCUGUUUGUGAGGGAGCCUGAGGAGCGACUGGGAGUGAAGGGAAACAUCCGACAGCACAGCUUCUUCAACUGCUUUGACUGGGAGGCUCUGGAACAACGGCAGGUGACGCCACCCUUCAAGCCAACUUUAACGUCACCCGGCGAUUACAGCAACUUCGACAAGGAGUUCAUCAACGAGAAGCCCAGACUAUCGUGCGCCGACCGCACGCUCAUCAACAGCGUGGACCAGACCAUGUUCAGGAACUUCUCCUUCGUUAACCCUGGCAUGACCCGCGUCGCGGCACGCUGAUCGCCCAGCCGGUCACGGCCUGCAUGUGUUCAUCGAACUACACCAGAGACUCUAGACUGAGAAUGUCACAACACACACACACAACUGUUCACACAAACGUGAUUAUCACGACCACUACGGGAGGGAGACCUGAGAGGGAGGCUCAUUCAGCAGAACCUAUAGGAACCUCUCGAAUAGCGUUCAAUUUGAAAAAAAAAAAAAAAACAAAAACACGUGAAAAAUACCUUACAAUAAACAUUACAA